GCAAAGCUCAUUGUCGAUUCCCGUCCACGACAACACAUCAACCAUGGCGUCCAGACUGGCAAGGAGUGCGGCCGGAGCCACCAAACUCCGACCAACAUUAUCCCUCCGAACUCUCCCAUCACUCAGCACACCUUUGACCUCCGCCCGCUACGCAUCAGGCGUCCCUUCAGAAGACCCCAAGAAGAAGGCAGCAUCGAUCGUCGACGCUCUUCCCGGUAACUCCUUGGCCAGCAAGACCGCCAUCCUCUCCGCCGGCGCGGGUGUUUCGAUCUGGGCCAUCAGCAGCGAAUUGUACGUCCUCAACGAAGAAUCCGUCGUCGCCUUCUGCCUUUUGUCCGUCUUCUACGGUAUCUUCAAGUACGGAGGUCCAGGAUAUACCGAGUGGGCAAACAGCCAGGUCGCCAAGAUCAAGGACUUGCUCAACGAGGCGCGAACGAACCACGCUACAAGUGUCAAGGAGAGAAUCGAGGAUGUCAAGCCAUUGAGCAAUGUCGUCGACAUCACCAAGCAGCUCUUCGAAGUUUCCAAGGAAACCGCCCACCUCGAAGCUCAAGCUUUCGAACUCGAGCAACGAACCGCACUGGCUGCUGAGGCCAAGAACGUGCUCGACUCCUGGGUCCGAUACGAGGGACAGGUUAAGCAACGUCAACAGAAGGAGUUGGCCGACAGCGUCAUCGCAAAGGUCACCAAGGAGCUUGAGAACCCCAAGAUCUUGCAACAAAUUUUGACCCAGAGCGUGGCGGAUGUGGAGAGAAUCGUCGCCAGCAAGUCGCAAUAGAUCUGACAAGUUAUUUUAAACAAAAAGGCCGGAGGCAGCUGGACAGGAUGGGGGAGAGGACAACGCUAGAUGGAAGAAGAAUUUUUGAAUCACGACCGAAUCUCCGUUGGCCGUGAUACAUGUUUUGUCGUGUAUAUAAAAUAGCUCCAAAGUUUCCGAAAACAUGAGCCACUGUUUAACAAUGA